CGGUGUGUCGUUUCUCGCCCUGCUCCCCAUCUCUCACCGGGAUGCCUCCCCGGGAGGGACGCAGGGCACAGCAGGUGGCCGAGCACGCCGCCGCCCUCAGGACCGGCGCUCCCGCUAUUUCUUCCAGCGCAGAAGAAACCCCGCUGAAUCAGGCUCGGCUCCCGAUGCGAGCCUUGCCGAGCCGGAGCAUCUGUUGAGCGCAGGGCGCGGAGGCAGGCGCAGCCCGGCCGGGGCUGAGAGCGGCUCGCUGGAAGCGGCGGCACAUCGAUCACACUGAUCGCACUGAUCACACUGAUCGCAUUGAUCACACGGCCGCGCGGCCAAUUAGCGCCGGCAGCCGGGGCCAGCCCUCGUGCCUGCGCGCUGCCCAUCUAUCGGCGCUAAUUACCGAGACACUUCAUGCCUACUUUGGUUGGGAAUUAAUUCGAGGCCAGAUAAAUAAUGCAUUAGGGUUUAUCCAGCCCCGCGUGGAGCGGCGCCCCGAGGCAGGGCUGGAGCGGCGAGCGGCGGGGAUGCGCGGGGCGGCGGCCGGGGCCGGGCGCUGAGGCUGCGGGCAGCGCCCAGCCGGGAGCAUGCUGAGCCCCAAGAUCAGGCAGGCCCGGAGAGCCCGGUCAAGGAGUCUGGUGAUGGGUGAACAGAUUGGGCCUCCCUCCAGACCAUCUUCCCCAAACCCUCAGGAACGUGUGCUGAAGUGUGGCUGGCUAAAGAAGCAGAGGAGCAUCAUGAAGAACUGGCAGCAGCGCUGGUUUGUGCUGCGUGGGGAUCAGCUCUUCUACUACAAGGAUGAAGAGGAAACUAAACCUCAGGGUUUGAUACUACUGCAAGGCAGUCAGGUGAACGAGCUGCCACCUAAUCCUGAUGAACCAGGGAAACAUCUGUUUGAAAUUACUCCAGGUGGUGCAGGGGACCGGGAAAAGAUGCCUGCCAAUCAUGAGGCUUUCCUGCUCAUGGCUAAUUCCCAGAAUGAAAUGGAAGAUUGGGUGAAAGCCAUCCGACGGGUUAUAUGGGCUCCAUUUGGUGGAGGUAUUGCAAAUAGCUCACAUGCACAUAAAUUAAAACAUUUGCCUCAAGGGAUCUUCGGGCAGCGCCUGGAGGACACGGUGCAGUACGAGCGGCGCUAUGGGCAGCGCCUGGCCCCGCUGCUGGUGGAGCAGUGCGUGGACUUCAUCCGCGAGCGUGGCCUCACCGAGGAGGGGCUCUUCCGCAUGCCCGGGCAGGCCAACCUCGUCAAAGAUCUGCAGGACUCUUUUGACUGUGGAGAGAAACCCCUUUUUGACAGCAACACAGAUGUUCACACUGUGGCGUCCCUCCUGAAGCUUUACCUUCGAGAGCUGCCAGAGCCUGUCAUCCCCUUUGCCAAAUACGAAGACUUUCUUUCUUGUGGACAGCUACUCUCAAAAGAUGAGGGAGAGGGUACCCAGGAACUGGUUAAACAGGUGAAGAAUUUGCCCCAAGCCAACUACAACCUCCUCAAAUACAUAUGCAAGUUCCUUGAUGAAGUUCAGGCUCAUUCCAGCAUUAACAAGAUGAGUGUCCAGAACCUGGCUACAGUAUUUGGACCAAACAUUCUGCGGCCCAAAAUGGAGGAUCCAGUGACCAUGAUGGAAGGCACCUCUCUGGUUCAGCACCUGAUGACAGUGCUGAUCAGUGAGCAGGGACGGAUCUUUGCUGUUCCUCAGGCGGAUGUGCCAGGGAACCAGCUGGAGAUCAAACCAAUGCGCCAGCGCAGCACUGUCGAGUGGAUCUCCGAGGAGGACGGGGAGGACAGCAGGUCACAGAACAGCGCUGCCAGCCCCACUGAUUUGCCUUCUGGCAAUGCUGUGGCUCUGGAGGCCACUCCAGGACCUGCAGUGAAAAUCACUCCUCCAGAGCAGAGUGGCAAAUCAACCCAGCCUGCCACGAGCCCCAGUAAAAGAGUGCAGACACUGCCUCCAUGGAAAUAUUCCUUCCGCCAGCAGGGAGCACGGUCUGUGAGCCCAAAGCUGGGCAGCUCUUCCUUAGACAUCCCCAACCUCUCCUCCAGUGGGAACUGGUUGAUGAACGGCCUGUACUCCCUCCGAGGCCAUCGCCGGACAGCCUCUGGGGAGCGAGUGAAAGACUCGUGUUCCUCCCAGAGACUCUCCACUUACGACAAUGUCCCCUCAUCCAGCCUGUCCCUCAGCACCCACAGCAUGGCCAGCACCACCUGGUCCACAUCAUCCUGUGAGAUCUCCGUGAUGGACUCGGUGAGCAGCUGCCCAGCCUGCCGGGCCAGUGACUCUUCUGCUUUGAGCUCCCUAAAAACCGAGUGGGUAACUCAGGGCUCGCUGUCCCAGAGCGAGGGCAAGACUGCAGAUCUGGAGAACAGCAUGGACAGGUUUGAAGCCUGCAGCAGCAGCAGCAGUGAACAGAGUGACCCGGCUGCAGCUUCCCGAGACUCUGUCCAAUGCUCCAGGGCCUUACAGAGCUUGGUGGUGGAGCUAAAGACAGAGCUGAGCAAACAGAGGACUGAGUAUGAGACUAGUAUCAAAAGAAUUGAAGAAACAAGUGCAGACCUGAGGAACCAACUGGUUAGGUUAGAAGAAGAACUGGACCAAGAACGAAAGAAAUACACAAUGCUGGAGAUAAAGCUGAGGAAUUCCGAACGUGCUCGUGAAGAUGCUGAGAAGAGAAAUUACCUCCUGCAGAAGGAAAUGGAAGAAUUUUUUUCAACAUUAGGAUGUUUAACUGUUGGGAGUCAAAGUGCUAAAGUCCCCAAGUAGAACAACUAUAGAAAAUCCUGUUCCUGACAAAAUGAGUGAAAAUGCAUAUUUUGUUCUGGUAUACUCAUGUAUCAUGAGUAAUUCUAUAGUGAUUGUGCUCUCAGUGACACUUGCCCUGUUGUCUCUACAUGUGCUAUAGUAUUUGGGCCAGCUGGGAAAGACUGCUGACCAUAAAGCUUGAAAAUUUAGUGUCAGAUUGACAAGAAAGAGUGGGUCCCCUCUGUAUCCACAGAACAACAAAAACUCUUCUCCAGAGUGUCCUGCUGCCAUCUUAGGACUCAGCUGCACCAUCCUUUUGUUGGCUCAAGGAGAGUGGAAGGUCCUGCAGAGUGGGUGGAUGGCCAGAACCAACAAACAAGCUGAGCCUGGAGCUGAGGGAUCCCCACACUUGUGCUUGGGAAGGUGGCAGUUCCAGCCUGUCACCACAGCCAGGACAUUUGCCAGACGGAUUUAAUGAGGUGGCUUUCGCCCUACUCCCUCCAUAAAGUUUGUUCAAAUUUCUCAUUCCUAGAGUGAUAUUAUUUUAUGAAGAUAUUGCGAAAACAAGGUCUGCAAACAUGCUGAAGAUACCAAAAUCUUGACAAUUCACUAAAAUUGUCCCUUACCCACCUAAUAUUUUUAGUGUUUCACAAAAAUGCAGCUUUAAAUUAAACUGUGAUUAAUAAUGAGAUUGGCUACACAAACUCUUUGGAACUUUAAAUAUGCACAUUUUGCCUUAGGUAUCUGAAGGUUUUCUGAGCCAAAAAUAGAGCAGUAUUAGCUGCAAGAAAAAAAAAUCUUCUGAGAUGAUAUAUGUAUUAAGGCAGAAGAUGGAAGAUCCUUAUCAUCAAAACACAUCCAAACUUUAAUAGCAAAACUUAUGUUCUUACAGGGAUAUGAGGGGACAGGAAGAAUACUGCACACAACCCAUCAUCCCAACUUCCUUACUUCUGCUAAGGAGAAAUCAUUAGAAUGAAGCUGUGAGUUCUGGUAAUUUGCUGCUGGGCUGACUUCCCUUCCAACUGAUUUCAAGAAGUUCUGCAUAGCAUUUGUAACACCCAUGCAGGCCAUGCAGAGCCUGCACACAGAAAAUUGUUUCACCAGAUUCAGCUUGAAUUUCUCACCUGCAAGCCCAGCAUCGUUCACUUUGUCUUGGCACUCCAUCUUUGACAUCCUGAAGUAGCUUGGGAGUCUCUAAGGAGAAAGAAUUUUAACAAAAAGUGCCACAACAACAUGAACUGGCUAAAGGGAAAGUAUGGACUGUAACGAAGAAGAUUGCUUUAUUUUAAGUAUUAUGAAAAAGUGCCCUGAAUCUCAUUUCUUACUAGAGAAAACUAUGAUUCACUGUCUGAAAAUAACCUUAGAAUGGGUUUUUACAUACCAGGAGAUAGUCAAUACUGAAAGAUAUACUUUCUUCUCAGCAUCUCACAGAUAUCCAGGUAUUUCAAUAUUUUAAACAUCUAGGUAUGAACUUGUUUCUAUUGCACUGUAAAACCUCUCCUUAUUACAGAAAUGUAAAAAAUUGUAAACCAUUUAAAGUGAGCAAAAAGCAGAAUUUUAACCUAAUCUUUCCUGGAUAAGAAAUGUCAAGCAAGGUGAUACAGUAAAUCAUGUGGA